AGGUAUUAGAAUGACGUCUUGCAGAUCCAGAUCAAAUCAUUUGAAACCUUGAGAGUGUUUCUCCUUCGCUUGGAAGAAACCACCAGAAAUAGUUGUAGGUGCUAAUUGCCCAUUAUUCUCACUAAUGUGAAAUUGUUAAUUGGGACCUUUGAACAUUUUACUUACUUGAAUCCUAAACAGGGGACUUCAAGAUGGAAGGACUGUGCAGUGGCUCGCUUCCUGAUGUGCCGUUCGGGAUCUCUUCCAACGCCUGAAUGGUUCUUCCUCGAGUUGCUUACGCUGAGAAGAGGGGUCCAGGCUGUGAAAUCUUCCAACAUCUCCCACUACAAAGAUGGCACUGCUGAAAGUCAAAUUCAAUCAGAAGAAACGGGUAAAACUAGCGCAGGGACUAUGGCUCAUGAACUGGUUUUCGGUGUUUGCUGGAAUCCUUGUUUUUAGCAUGGGAUUGUUCCUCAAAAUUGAGCUCCGGAAGCGAAGCGAAGUGAUGGACAAUUCUGAAAGCCACUUUGUGCCCAAUUCUUUGAUAUUGGUGGGUAUAUUAUCCUGCGCCUUCAAUGGUUUUGCUGGAAAAAUUUGUUACGAUUCUCUGGAUCCUGCUAAAUUUGCCAAGUGGAAGCCUAUGCUGAAACCUUACCUGGCACUGUGCUGCGUCUUUAACAUGCUCAUUUUCUUCGUUGCUCUGAUUUGCUUCCUGAUGCGGGGCUCCCUGGAGAGCACCCUGGCCCAGGGGCUCAAGAACGGCAUGAAGUUCUACCGGGACACGGACACCCCCGGGAGAUGCUUCAUGAAGAAGACCAUCGACAUGCUCCAGAUUGAGUUCAAGUGCUGUGGCAACAACGGCUACAAAGAUUGGUUCGAAAUCCAGUGGAUCAGCAACAGAUACCUGGACUUCAGCUCCAAAGAAGUGAAAGACCGGAUCAAGAGCAACGUGGACGGGAGGUACCUGGUGGACGGAGUCCCCUUCAGCUGCUGCAACCCCAGCUCCCCCAGGCCCUGCAUCCAGUACCAGGUCACCAACAACUCUGCCCACUACAGCUACGACUACCAGACCGAGGAGCUCAACCUGUGGCGCCGCGGCUGCCGGGAAGCGCUGCUCAACUACUACAGCGGCAUGAUGAGCUCCAUGGGCGCCGUCAUCCUCCUCGUCUGGCUCUUCGAGAUGUCGGUGAUGGUUGGCUUGCGCCUCCUGCACACCUCCCUGGAAAGCAUUGCCAAUCCCGAAGACCCCGAAUGCGAAAGCGAAGGGUGGGUCCUGGAGAACAGCCUCAAGGACACUUUCAAAUCUGCCCUGGAGAAUUUGAAAAAGCUGGGUAAGUUCAACCAGGUGGAAGCAGGAGCCGAAGGGGCCGAAGGAGAGGAAGGUGGGAAGACGCCAGCCAUCACAACAGUCAGUUGA